AGGCAACGCCGCACUAAUAGUCGCAGAAGAGAUCCCGUCAUAGAUAGCUUGUUACGCCAACGUGGUUUUACUUAAGUUCGAAAAAUUUUAUUGUGAUAAUUAAAAACUAGAUAUUUUCAAAUAAAGAUGAAAAACCAAAUUUUAAAUAUGUCUGCAAUCUGUUUCAUUUUUGUACUCAUCGUUUUUACAUUAACUACGACGGCUGCACAAUCCAAGCCGAAGCAAUGCAUCAAGGAAUGUCCGGCAACAGUCGAUCCCGUUUGUGGUUAUGACAGCAAUUGCUAUGCCAGAUUUAACAAUAAAUGCCAGUAUGAUUGGUUAAAAUGCUCUUCGAAGCACAAUCUGGAGACGGUGGACAUGUCUCUAUGUGAUUUAGCUGAACGAAGAACUCAUCCAGAUUAUAGGCUUUGCUGAGAGCUCAACUAUUUUUAUAUGUAUUUUAAUAAAUUAUUUCAAAUUCCAUGCCAUCUAAAUGUAAAGCAAUAUUAUACUCAAUUUAUCACUACAAAUAGCCUUAAGCCGAUUCCUUGUCGAAAAUAUAUUGUAAAUGUAUAAAUCAGUAGAGAUUUGACUCGCACAAAAAUCUCUCCUUAUUUAAUGUGAAAUUGUGAAAAUUAGAAA